AUGACCGCGUCUGAGCGAGAGAAGGCCCAACCAGCGAUGAUGUUACUCGUGGAGAAGCAAUUUGAAAAGACAAUUAAAGGUCGCCUAGUAUACCGAGGCGAUGGAACUCAUGAAUGGUUAUCGCGAGAGGACACUGCAAGUCCGACUGCUUUGCAAGAAGUAAUCACCACUACUUGUGUUAUUGAUGCACACGAAGGUAGAGAUAUAAUGACAAUGGACGUUCCUAACGCUUUCAUCCAAACUUCUAUGCCUGAAGCUAAGGAAGGAGAAGAUCAUAUCUACAUGAAAAUCACUGGCACGAUGGUCCAGAUAUUGAUUGAUAUGGCCCCAGAGUAUCGCAAAUACGUUGUAUUAGAGAACGGAAAGCGAGUAAUCUAUGUGCGGGUACUACGUGCUAUAUAUGGGAUGUUGCAAUAG